CCGGAGCUGGUGAAUGUUGAUGGCGGCAGCAGAAAAGUCCCGGAUGGGGCCGCCGAGAUCCCGGCCCCAUCCGGCGCCCAAUCGGGCAAUUUUGGCCGGCGAAGAGGGUGCCGUUGUCCAAGCUGGACUCGCCAAACAAUGCCCUUUUCAGAACCCUAUACAAUUCAAGACGCCUUGUGACGCAAAUGUCGAAGCUGAAUUGGUCCCCAAAGUGUGGUUCAUCAAAUCGCUUUUCGUCGAUUAUGCUCUGAACAGGAAAACGCCUCGUGCUCGCAGAUUGUGGAGAGGAGAGCGCAAACCCACCGCUUCUGCCAUAUAAAGAUACCCCGCGCUUUCAGCAGUCGACAAUGUUCUCCUUCACCCAACCUACCAAUCUCACGCGAGCAACAAUCCUCGUCUGCCGUUGACGGAACUCGACACGACCAAGCAACGACCAUCAUGGCCAGGCAAAACGAGCAAGCGAACGGAAACCGCUUUCCGACACCCCCGUCCUCACGCCACUUCGCUACUGCCGAAGCUUCGAACAUAAAAGCCUUCGCAGCCAUCUGCUCCCAAGCGGCUACGGCAGAAGAGUACCCGCUCGCCGCAACGAUCCAGAGGAACGUGCCCGUCUAUGACCUCCCGACCUAUUCCAGCCUCACGGAGGCGCAACGCGGCGCUCUCCAGGACGAGUGGUAUCGCGUCCUGAUCUCGGGGCCGGGCGUCUUCGUCACCAAAGGGCUCUACCGCGACAGGCGACUGAUCGAGGCGGUAAACGCUGCCUUCGCCUCCGUCAUCGAGCAGGAAAGGAAGUCGGGGGCCGCAAAGGGCGACCACUUCGCCAGCGCCGGCAAAAACGACCGCAUCUGGAACUCCUUCAGCAAGCACGGCCUCGCCGACCCGGCGUCCUUUGUCGAGUACUACUCGAACCCGUACCUCGGACUGAUCUCCAGCGCGUGGCUCGGGCAGGGAUACCGCAUCACCGCGCAGGUCAACAACACAAAGCCGGGCGCCUCCCCGCAGGUCUGCCACCGGGACUACCACGUCGGCUUCCAGACUGCCGAGGCGGCUGCCCAGAUCCCACGCGCCAUGCAAGUUGCGAGCCAGCUCCUCACGCUCCAAGGCGCCGUGGCCCACUCGGACGUCCCCCUCGAGAGCGGGCCUACGCGGGUGUUGCCGUUCAGCCAGACGUUCGAGCCCGGCUACGUGGCCUACAGGAGACCAGAGUUCAACGCCUUCUUCUUAGAAAACUACGUCUCUUUGCCGUUGGAGGUCGGCGACGGGCUGUUCUUCAACCCCGCGCUGUUCCACGCGGCCGGCGAGAACAAGACGGCCGACGUGUACCGGAUGGCAAACCUGCUGCAGAUCAGCAGUCCGUUCGGCAAGCCGAUGGAGUCUGUCGAUGCCGUUCCGCUCAUCGAGAAGUGCUGGGACCAUCUCGUGACGCUGUACGAGGCUCGGGGUCUGGAUGACGAGGUGAAGGCGUUUGUGGCGGCUGUGGCCGAGGGUUACCCGUUUCCCACCAACUUGGACUCGAACCCGCCACGGAAUGAAGGCAUGGCGCCGGAGUCGGAACAGGAUAACAUUACAAAGAGUUUGACGGAGAACCGAACCAAGGAGGAAGCCGUAGAGGCGCUCAAGAAGUUUGUCGCUAGAUCCGUGGCAUAAGCAGGGCCGCGUCGUUGUGUCUAUUCUCAGAUACUCAAUCCCACGUUCCGUAUAGUCGCUGUCACUUGGAUCGUUGUAGUUGGUUGUUAUGGACAA